AUGGCGCUGUCACGCGCGGAGCGCUGCCUUGUGUUGCUGCUGCGGCUCCUGUCGCGCGCCUUCCUCGUGCUGCUGAGCCUGGCGGCGCGCGCCUCCGCGGCGCUCGCCCCCAGGCCACCCGCGCUGCCCCCGCCGGCCGGGGCGCCCCCCGCGCGCUGUGUGCCACCGCCGGGCCAGCCGCUGCUGCUGCUGUCGGCAAGGCAGCUGGCUCGGCGCAUCCGCCGCCGGGAGGUGAAAUGCACUGUUGUUGUUCAGGCUUAUAUCAAGAGGAUUGAGGAGAUAAACCCGCUUGUCAAUGCAGUUGUCAAGGCCAGGUUCGAUGCAGCCCUUCAAGAGGCCCACCAUGUUGACAAACUGCUCUUGGAAGGUCAUGGAGAUGAAGAUUCCCUGCAGGAAAAAUUUCCCUUCCUGGGGGUUCCUUUCACCGUCAAGGAGGCUUUCGCGUUGCAUGGGAUGCCCAACACCUCUGGCCUGGUUAGCCGUCGCAACUUGAUCUCCACGUCAGACGCUCUGGUGGUGUCACGGUUAAAGCAAGCUGGUGCAAUUCCACUGGGUGUGACCAAUUGCAGUGAGCUGUGUAUGUGGUAUGAGUCUAGCAACAAUGUCUACGGCAGAACAAACAACCCAUAUGACCUGCAAAGGAUCGUGGGUGGCAGCUCAGGUGGUGAAGGCUGCGUCCUGGGAGCUGCCUGCUCCGUAAUCGGGGUGGGCUCAGAUAUCGGCGGCAGCAUUCGGAUGCCUGCUUUUUUCAAUGGAGUCUUUGGACAUAAACCUACCACAGGAGUGGUCCCCAAUGAUGGUCAGUUCCCCAAUGCUCUGGGGGUGCGGACGGAGUUCCUGUGCACGGGUCCCAUGUGUCGCUAUGCUGAGGACCUGGAGCCCAUGUUGAGGGUCAUGGCUGGGCCUGGAGUCAGAAAGCUGAAGCUGGAUGAAAAGGUGUCACUGGAGAAAGUAAAAUUCUACUGCAUGGAGCAUGAUGGUGGUUCAGUUUUCGUGUCCCCUGUGGACAGGGAAAUUCUUCAGGCUCAGAGAAAGGUGGUGGAGCACCUGGAGACUCAGUGUGGGGUCCAAGUUCAGCAUGUAACAAUCCACAAGAUGAAGUACGCUUUCCAGAUCUGGUCUGCUAUGAUGUCUUCCCGGGACAGUGAUGGGCAGGAAGCACAGCUGUUCACAGACCUGCUUGGAGAUCACGGGAAGCCCGUAUGGCCGCUGUGGGAGCUGAUGAAAUGGUUCCUGGGGAUGUCUUUGCACACCAUCCCUGCCAUUGCCCUGGCACUGACAGAGAAGCUGAUGAAACUCAACCCUGGUGGGAAUGCCAAGCUGGUGAGCAUGGGACACAGCCUGCGGACUGAGAUGAUGAACUUGCUGGGGACUGAUGGGAUACUUUUGUACCCUUCCCACCCCAUAGUGGCACCUAAGCACUACUCUCCCUUGGGGAUGCCUUUCAACUUUGCGUAUACAGCUGUUUUCAAUGUCCUGGGCUUGCCUGUCACCCAGUGCCCACUGGGCUUGAGCAGUGAGGGACUUCCCUUGGGAAUUCAGGUGGUGGCAGGCCCGCACAAUGACCAUCUGACACUGGCUAUGGCUCGAUAUCUGGAGAAGGCUUUUGGAGGCUGGGUUUGCCCUGGAAAAUCAUAA